AAUCACAGCCUGGAGGGCAGAGAGUGUGUUUAGUGGAACAUGUUGGUGGUCUCAACUGUCUGUCCUGUAAAAUAAAAGUCCCGCUCACUUCCUCCUGAGAUCACUUUUCUUCACUAAUGAGCAGAUCAGUCCUCCUGCAGCUCCUUUACAGACCUGGAGAUUAUUAAUGCUCUAAAUGAUGGCAGGUGUCACAUGGAUCCUCAUUUUCAUUUGUGUUGCAGGAGGUCACCUGUCCUCAGCCUCGCCCGUCCUCCGCUCGACCCUGGUGGUCCCGGCGGGCCAGAACGUCUCGCUCACCUGUAACCUGACGUCCAGCCCUCCGAUCACCUGGUUCCUUCUGCGCUCGGAUCAGCUGCUGCCUCUGCUGACGGUUUCAGAAACUAAGCUGAAAGAUUUAACGGUCAACUUUCACACCGCGGACAAACAUCGCUUCGACAACAAAGGCGACCCGGUCCAUCUGGAGAUCCAGCAGGUGGAGGAGAAGGACGCCGGGCGGUACUUCUGCACCGGCAGCUGUGCAGGAGCUGUUUGUGUUGACAGAGGCAUCCACCUGGUUGUUGAUGGAGUUGACGGUGAGUCGACCAGGCUGCCAUGUUGGAGUCUGGGGAUCUGUGUUCUACCUGCUCUACUCGUCCUCUGCCUCGUCUUCAUCGUUGGACUCUGCUGUUGCUCAGGUAAACCAGAUGUUUGCUGCUGUGAUCCAGAGAGAUGCAACACAGCUCAGAGGGUCACAGAGAUUUCAGAUUUUCAGCAGGAUGAGUCUCUGCACUAUUCCAACCUGAAGCAUGCAGACAAGCCCCGCCCCUCCGGACGAGGAGGCACAGGAUUGGUCGAGGACAACGUCACUUACUCCGCAGUGAUGAGUCGCAAGAACCUGAACGCAUCAUAUGACUGCAGAUAAGAUGGAUGAAAACUUUGAAUGUAAAGAAUUUGAGAUUUUAUGAAGCUAUUUUUUCAAUAAUUAAGUUUCUUUUUUAAGUCAGUAAAUACUUUUUUAAAUUCAAGUUUCUAUGAAUUAUCUAUAUAAAGGCUGAAAUCUUUAAUAUGCUGGAGAAACAAAAUCUCUAUUUUUCAAAUAUCAAUCAAUUUUAAGCUAUUUCUCUUAUCUUUUCUUCAUAUUAAAAUGCAAUAUACUGUGUAAAAUGAUGCUCUACUUUGAUUUUUCUUGUAGAAGAACUAUCUUUUUCCCUACAAUCAUUACUGUAAACAAAAAUACCACAGAAGAAUGUAAAAAUGUGACACUGUUGUAUAAAUGCACGUUUAUUUGUGCAAACUCUAUAUGGAGUGAUAUGUCUCACUGUUGCUCAAAUGUUUCUGUCAACACAUCGUUCUUUUUUAUUUUUAAUAAAUACUUUC